AAGUGUUUGAAACUUUUCAUGCAAAAGCAUCCAAGACCGAUAAUAAUUUUGUCAAUAUCUGGACACGUUUCUUACGCUUCAGAUCAUCUUCUUGCCUAUAUAAACAGAUCUUCGGCAUCUCCGCCUACAUACUCAUCAACAUAGUUUCUUAAUCAUCAACCAUCAACCAUCAACCAUCAACAUGCCUUCAACCAUGCCCUCUUCCGCCGUUUCUCAAACUCCAAAUCUUCAAACCCUUUUGGAAUCCGCUAAGCCUUUCCUUCGUGAAGAAUUCGAGAAAAUCGAUAAGAGGCUUCCUUCCCUAAUUGGCAUUUUAUGCUCCGCCGGUGCAGGAGAGUGUUACCACCGCACAGGAAGCUUCCUUGACCACCUGCGCAAUGUUUACCGCAUUAUCAAGCUAUGGAAUGCACCAGAUUCCGUCGCACUGUGCGCUCUUUUCCACUCCGUUUACUCAAACUCCUACAGCGACAUCCUUCUUUUCAAUCCUGAAACCGACCGCGACUCCGUCCGCAGCCUUAUCGGAGACGCUGCUGAGAGAUUGGCUCACUUGUUCUGCAUUAUUCACCGCCAGUCUCUCAUCCACAAAAACAUCAUGUGUCAGUUCACUGAGUCAGAACUUCGAGAAUACCUUGACGCUUCUGAGGUUUCCCUGAGGAACGCAAAGGAAAAUGGUGUAUUCAAUGGUGAAGAGAAAUGGCGUAAGAAGCUUCAAACACUUAUCCCAGCUAACGGUCUGAUUGGGAAGCAUUACGAAACAGGCGAACUGGUCCCUGUUUCACGAAGAAUGAUCGGAAUUUUCCUUCUGAUGACAGUAGCCGAUAUCAGCGAACAAUAUUUCGGUUUUCAGGAUGUUUUAUACGAUAACUUUAACGGGCGUCUUGAGCUAACAGGAGACAGCUUCGACACAUUGUAUCCAGGAAACGGUAAACCAGGUUUAUGGAUGAAUGCCGCAUCAAGAAUGGCUGCAGUUUACACGUUGUUAGUGCGAGAAGAAGAACUUUUUCUUCAAGAAAACAAAAGUGAUGAUGGUGGGAUUGAUAAAGCAAGAGAUGAAGAUAUCGAGCUUGUGAUCCCAUCAGUUUUCGACAAUUGCACGAAGGUUCUGGACGCAAGUGAGCAGAUCGAGGCGAUGGACUUGUACUGGGAUGCGGUUUACUACGAUGGGCAUGACAAGGUCAAGAAGGAGAAGGCAGGAGAGAUGUUGGUGAAGAGUAUUGAGAAGAAUCCAUUUGUUGGAGAGCCUCAUGUGUUAUUGGCUCAGUUUUAUCUGAGUAGAGAGAGGUUUGAGGAGGCUGAGAUUGAGGCUGAGAAGGGUUUAAGUCUUUUGUUGCAGUGGGGGUGUUCAUGGGACAAGAGGGUUUCAUGGGAAGGGUGGGUUGCUUGGACUAGGGUGUUGUUGAAACAGGCAAAGAAGAAGUCGUGGCCACACACUGCAUGGGGUGUCAUCAAUUUAGGGUAUGUCAAGUAGACGAUCUAUCUAUGUACGCUUGUUUGUGGUAGUACAAUAAAUGCAUCACCGUGAAAAAUGAGGGAGUUCCUUAGCUGUCUUCGUGUUUCUUUAGGUGUUUUUGUAUUAGAAAAAACAUGUAACGGUUACGUUGGAUAUUCCUAUCUAUGUGAUGCAUUCUGAAAUUGUUUUUUCC